AGAAAGCACAAAAAUGACAGAAAGUACAACCACUGGCACCAACACUUCAGAAAGUACAACAACAGAAAGCACCACAACAGAAAGUAACACCCCUAGUAUUACAACUUCAGAAAGUAAAACAAUGGAAAGCACAACUACAGAAAGCACCACAACAGGCACUACAACAACAGAAAGCACCACCACAGGUACCACAACAUCCGAAAGCACCACAACUGAGACCAAAACAGAGACCACGACAACAGAAAGCACCACAACCGGUACCACAACUCCGGAAAGCACAACAACCGAGACCACUACAGAAAGCACCACAACCGGUACCACAACUCCAGAAAGCACCACCACAGGCACCACAGCACCAGAAAGCACAACAACCGAGACCAAAACAACAGAAAGCACCACAACGGGUACCACAACACCAGAAAGCACCACUACAGGUACCACAACACUAGAAAGCACAACAAUUGAGACCACAACAGACACUACAACAACAGAAAGCACCACCACAGGUACCACAACACCAGCAAGCACAACAACAGAGACCACAACAACAGAAAGCACCACAACCGGUACCAGAACUCCAGAAAGCACCACAUUGACAGAAAGUACAACCACUGGCACAACCACUCCAGAAAGUACAACAACAGAAACCACAACAAAUGAAAGCACUACAACAGAAAGUACCACCACUGGUAUUACAACUUCAGAAAGUACAACAAUGGAAACCACAACAGACACUACAACAGAAAGCCCCACCUCAGGUACCACAACAACAGAAAGCACCCCAACUCCAGAAAGCACCACAAUGACAGAAAGUACAACCACUGGCACCACCUCUUCAGAAAGUACAACAAUGGAAACCACAACAGACACUACAACAGAAAGCCCCACCUCAGGUACCACAACAACAGAAAGCACCCCAACUCCAGAAAGCACCACAAUGACAGAAAGUACAACCACUGGCACCACCUCUUCAGAAAGUACAACAAAAGAGACCAAAAUAACAGAAAGCACUACAGCAGAAAGUACAACCCCUGGUAUUACAACUUCAAAAAGUACAACAAUGGGAACCACAAUUACAGAAAGCACCACAACAGACACCACAACAACUGAAAGCACGACCACAGGUACCACAACACCAGAAAGCACUACAACAGAGACCACAGGAAAGCAAAACGACCGAGACCACAACAGAAAGCACCACAACCGGUACCACAACUCCAGAAAGCACCAGAGCGACAGAAAGUACAACCACUGGCUCAACCACUCCAGAAAGUACAACAACAGAGACCACAACAACAGAAAGCUCUACAGCAGAAAGUACGACCCCUGGGAAAGCACCCCAACCCACACUACAACAACAGAAAGCACUACCACAGGUACCGCAACACCAGAAAGCACCACCACAGGUACCACAACACCAAAAAGCACCACAACAGAGACCACAACAACAGAAAGCACCACAACCGGUACAACAACUCCUGAAAGCACCACAAUGACAGAAAGUACAAAAACUGGCACCACCACUUCAGAAAGUACAACAACAGAGACCACAACAACAGAAAGCACCACAACAGACACUACAACACCAGAAAGCACAACAACCGAGACCACAACAGACACUACAACAGCAGAAAGCACCACCACAGGUAUCACAACAACAGAAAGCACCACAACCGGUACCACAACUCCAGAAAGCACCACAAUGACAGAAAGUACAACCACUGGCACAAGCACUUCAGAAAGUAUGACAACAGAGACCACAACAACAGAGAGCACUGAAACAGAAAAUACCACCACUGGUAUUACAACUUCAGAAAGCACAACAACCGAGACCACAACAGACACUACAACAACAGAAAGCACCACCACAGGUACCAUAACACCGGAAAGCACUUCCACAAGUACAACAACACCAGAAAGCACAACGGCCGAGACCACAACAGAGACCACAACAACAGAAAGCACUACAACAGAAAGUACCACCCCUGGUAUUACAACUUCAGAAAGUACAACAAUGGACAUCACAACUAUAGAAAGCACCACAACAGACACUACAACAACAGAAAGCACCACCACAGGUACCACAACACCAGAAAGCACAACAACCGAGACCACAACAACAGAAAGCACCACAACGGGUACCACAACUCCAGAAAGCACCACAGCAACAGAAAGUACAACCACUGGCACAACCACUCCAGAAAGUACAACAAUAGAGACCACAACAACAGAAAGCACUACAACAGAAAGUACUACCCCUGGUAUCACAACUUCAGAAAGUACAACAAUGGAAACCACAACUAGAGAAAGCACAACAACAACAGAAAGCACAACAACUGAGACAACAACAGAAAUUUCUACAAAAGAAAGCACCAUAAUGGAGACAACAACAGAAAGUACAACCACUGGCACCACAACAACAGAAAGUACCACCACCGGAACCGCAACUUCAGAAAAUACAACAGUAGACAGUACAACAACAGGAAGCACCACAACUGAGAUAACAUCAUCGGAAAGCACUACAAUGACAGAAAGCACCCCCACCGGUACCACAACUUCAUAAAGUACAACAACGGAGACCACAACAUCAGAAAGCACCACAACGGAUGGAACAACAGAAAUUAACACAAGCGGUUGAUAGUUUUAAUGUCUCCUUAAAAUUAAUUCUGUACAUAGUGGCUCCAGAGAAAGUUAAAAUAGGAUCCAUAUCUAAUAAAUUGCAGUGGAAGAAUAAACGCACCUGUCAGGUCAUCGUGAGAUUCUAAUGAGUAACUUUCAGGUAUAUACAAAAAGACAA